AUGCCCGACUCACAGGAGAGGACACGCACCACCAAGGCUUGCGUAGCCUGCUCCAUCCGCAAAAUCAAGUGCGACGGAUCAAAGCCAUGUGCCCACUGCGUCCGCUUCUUCUCCGGAGAGUGCUUCUACACCACCGCAAAGAAACGAGGUCCACCAAAGGGAUGCCCAGCACGUGGAGGCCAUCGUAAACGCCAGGCCAUCGCUGCCGAGAACGCUGCCAACGCGAAUGCAGCCGCGGGCGUCGCCGUCGCUCAGGUUGUCGGCACGAGCAGUGGGUCUUCCCACGCCGCCGCCCACAUGGACAUGGACAUGCGAAGCGUUCACCAAGGGGCGCUGAGUCAACCGGCCCGUGGCCUCCUACUGAAGGAGUCCCCCGACCAACAACCCUCUCAGUUCCAUCCAAAGUCGAGUCCCAACACGUCUGUGUUUGAUGAGGUCCUGCUCAACAACCUGGGCAUCCCCUCUGGCAUCCCGUCGACGGACCUUAGCUUUGGUGUGACAGACACUGACAGCAUGUUUCGAUCCCCGCAAACGGACACGACCACUGCCCAGUCCCCUAUCGCCCCUUACCUUCCUCCACGCCGGCGCAACACGGCUCCCAGCGUCUGGUCGCCGCCAAACCUGAUCAUGCCGUCGUCGCCCAACGUCUCCAUGCCUUCGCAAGCAGCCCGCGCCGGCUUGUCGUCACAGACGAUAGACGAGCUCCUCACCGUCUUUGAGACCUUUAUCCACCCCCACUGGCCAGUCAUCUACGUUCCGGCGUUGCGCAGCUUGCGACAGCUGGAGACCCAGUGUCCCUUGGUGUUUGACGCCAUUCUCGCCGUCUCUGCUGCCAAUGCCGACUUUGAGCCCGAGGAGGGAUCCAUCACGUUGACCGACUCUGCCAACGCGGCCCAGCUGUCGACCGCAUGCGAUUAUCUCUGCGAGAGCGUCCGCCAACGCAUCAUGGCCCACCUCACCAUCAACACCCAUCCUGACCGCAAGCCAUCGCUUCAGACCGUGCAGGCAUUGAUAUUCGUCGCCCUCGUCGACCUCGGAUGCGGUCGCAAGCCCCUCUCGUACCAGAUGGUUGGUUUUGCAUGCCGCAUGGCAGUCGACAUUGGGCUCCACACUCGCCGCACAUCAAGCGCCCCCCACCCACGAGACAGCCGCGAGAUCCAAGAACGCUCGCGCACCAUCUGGAGCUGCUACCUGAUUGACAAGAUGACCGCGGCCGUGUCCCAACGUCCACCAUGUCUGAGGCUGAUCGACAUUGACGCGCCUCGGCCGUCUACCAUGGAGCGUGACGAGCUCGACCUCUGGCUCUCUGGAAAGCCAUACAUGCUGCUCGCCGAGGCAUCGCACGACACAAUGGUGUGCAUGAAGUCGCACACGCUGUCGUCGUUCAACGCCUGGAUUGACGUCAUGGCCCUCAUGGAACUCAUCCUCGACCAAGUGUACCGCCCCAGCACCCGGCACGCGCGCAUGGAUGGUCACCAAGUGGAGGGUUACGACGAGGCGGUCAUGCACAUUGACGCCGAGCUGCGCAAAUGGCGUUCUACGCUUCCACACCACCUGCAGUGGUCGGACGACGACGACAAUGCGCACCGCAACGUCGGCCUGCACAUGCUUACGUGUCGUGGAUGGUACUAUAUCUGCAUCCUCCUCUUGCACCGCCCUCAAGUCCCGUAUUUGGACAGCAACGAAGACUCGGCGGAUGUGGACGCCAGCGAAGCGCUCAUGGGCCUCAGCGAACCGUUCCACAGCGACAUGUCCAGCUACCGCGUCCCGAGGGCCCUCGACGCGUCCCGCCACGCGGCAACGUCCAUCUGUAAGAUCAUGGAGUCGUACGAAACGACGUUUCGCGUCCGCAAGUUUGCGUCCUCGUGGGUGUACCUUGCCUUCCAAGCCGGCACCGUGCACGCCGGUCUUGCGGCGCAUGUCCCCUCAGCAUCACUCGCCUCUGGUCUGUCCCCAUCGCGAGCCGAGAGUCUCCGUCAUCUCGAACAGUGCAUCGGCUGGCUGAGCCAGAUUGCCCACCAGUGGUCCAGCGCAAGUCGCCACGUCGAGAUUUUGCGCAAGCUAUCGGCAGUGGGCGCGCGCACGCGUCCGCCGUCGCCGUCGCGCGGGACCGAGGCGAGCGGUAGCGAAGGCGCGGCCUUCCUCCCGACGAUGGACCGCUUCGAGCCCAACGACAAUGGUUCCGGUUCCUUGCCAGGCGGCCUCACGGCCAUGGACUUGGAUGCGUGGAUGCUCCUGUGGGCCUCCAUGCCCACGGCCGGAGACGACAUUACGCUCUGGCAGCAGUGCUUCCCGAACAUGACGUAG